UGCACACUGAAAGCCUCUAUUAUCAGCUUUAGUGAUUGAGGUCACACAAUAGGAGAAAUCCAAAGCCUGCUUUGACUCUGCAGCUGCCCAAAUGACCGAGCAGCUUCCUAGUGUAGCCCGGGCAGAUGCGGACGGCGAUGGGCCGCCGAAAAGAACGAGACGACCCGCCUUAUCCUGCAUCGAGUGCCGCAUGCACAAAGUCAAAUGUGACCUCACUGAACUUUGUGGAGCAUGCAUCAGGGUUGAAUCGGAGAAGUGCCAAUGGUGAUAGAUUCAUCCCAGAAGAGAUCUGGAACUUGGUUCUGACCCAGUCCCGAAGCAAGCAACUUGCGAUCUCAAAAUCAAUAACA